AUGGCUCGGCAUAGCCAUGCCCUUAUCUGCUCGGGCGCCCACCCCCUCCCCGACCUCUCAUUCUCUAUCAACAUGCGCCGCCGCUCGCUCCCUCCCUACUGCCUCACCGCCGCCGCCCCCUUCUGCCACGCCGCCGCUCGCUCCCUUCGGCUCCACCCGCUCCGCCCCAUUCUGCCACGCCGCCGCUCACUCCCUUCGGCUUCACCCGCACCGCCCCUCGACCCCCCCGCCGCCGUCCCCUUCUGCCCCGGCACCGCCGCCCCCUUCUGCCCCGCCGCCGCCCCGUCCCCACCCCCGUCCUGGCCAGCAGCCCCGUCCCCGGCCACCGUAGCGCCGCCCUCGGUCUCCCCCGCUCGGCCCGGCCACCCUGUCACCGCACCCGCUCAGGCCGCCCGUGCCUGGCCACGCUCGGGCCGCCCCAUCCCCGCACCCGCCCGGGCCGCCCCGUGCCCGGCCACACUCGGGCCGGCCCGCCCUCGCCCCUGCCCCGCACGCGGCAAGCCCUCCCCUGCGCCGGCCCUCCGCCGCCUGCUCCGGACAUCCAUCGGCCAUGACUGCGCUCCCCCCCGAGCCGGCCCUCCCCCACUAUGA